AUGGCAGAGGUGCUCAGUUGGCUAAUUAAAAUCAGUAGGAGUAGAAACCUGAAAGGUGUGGAGAUUCAUGAGGGCUUGGAACUGGUCUCUCACUCUCAAUUUGCAGAUGAUACCAUCUUCUUUGGUGAAGCUUCUAUUCGGGAAGCUCAGGUGAUCAGGAAAACGUUGGAUAUGUAUGCAGAGACCUCCAGUCAAUCAAUAAAUAUGGACAAAUCUGAAAUAUUCUUUUUUAAUAUUAGUAAAGGGUUGCAAAGGAGAAUAGCGUCAGUUUUGGGAUUCAAAGUUGGAACUUCUCCCACCAAAUAUUUGGGAGUUCCUCUCUUUGAAGGAAUUGGUAGAAGUAGAUAUUGGGACGAGCUGGUAGACAAAUACCAUAAUAAAGCGGGAUCUAAGGAGCCAAAAAAAAUUUCAUUGGUUAAUUGGGAGACGGUCUACUUUGAUAAAGCAGAAGGGGGACUGGGUAUCAGAAGCCUGGCACUGCGGAAUUCUAUUUUAGGGGCCAAAGAUAUCAUUAUAGACCACAUAUCAUGGAAGGUUGGCCACGAAAGGAAAGAAGCGUUUUGGCGGGAUUCUUGGAAUUGUGGGGUGGUGUUGGAGGAGAUAAUUGAGAAGAAAGAAGCAAUUCUGCUCCUUGAGGAUAGUAUUGGCAAGGCCAUGGUGAACUACUUCUAG